AUGGAUUCUUUGUUCAAUCUCGUGAUAAUGUGCGGACUUAUCAUUGCAUCACUGACGGGGACCAUGGGACGCUCGCUUCAUAUUGAAAAUGAAGUUAAAACUCUGCUAAAGCAUUAUAAAUUAACAGGCCCAGAGUGGGUGGGAAAGGCAGUUUUCAGUCCUUAUUUGGGCAAAGCUGAUAACACUUGUACUUGUGAGAAGCUGGUGCUCCUAAGCAUGUUGAAUGUUUACAUGGACAUCUUUUCGGACAUGAUGAACAAGUCCAAAGAAAAAAAGGCUGUCUUGGAGGAGCUCAAGAAAAGUGUGGCACUCCUGAAGGCAAACAAAUACACCAAAGAACAGGCAGUGUGGCAGCAACUUAAAGAGAUUGAGUCCUUAGAGGUGAACAACAGCACGAUUCAGGGGGGAGCGCUGAAUAACUUUCGCUCCGUGUAUGAGGUAGCUUCUACAGCUGGACAAGUCAAAAAGGUUUAGACACAUUCCAAGGGUUUGAGUACAGACGGCAUCAGUGAAACAGAAGUCUAAAUCAGUUUCAAGUCAUUUAAGUA